GUAUAAUCCCAAUAUUCAUGUGCUUGUUUUUCAGUUCAUCAGCUGAAUCUCCUCAUAUACCAUGUUCUACAGAUUAAACUAACUCUGGGAGUUAAAAAUGUAGGUGUGCUAUGGAAUAACUGGAGCCAGAUGAACGUGUAAAAAGCCAUUGCAUUUAGCUAUAGCUGACUGAUCCGAAAGAAGGCGUGGGGUAUUUUUCUGCAGAAUGCCAGAUGAAAGAAAACAUAACAGUACUUUGUCUGACUCCAGUAAUAUUACGCCGGAGCGGAGGAGAGCUCUGAUCCUCUCACCGGAGAUCAAACGUGACAGCCGUCAGACUGAAUGCCCUUAUAAGAUUGCCAGGAGAGGUUCUGCAGCCGAGGAUGAGUGUGUGGAGACAGAGAUGUCUAAAGAUCGGAAAAGCAACAAUAAGAUCCACUGGACACAGCUGGCCUCAAAUGGUACAUCCUCCCAGUUAUCUCCCAAAUCAACAAAAAAGAGCAAUCAAGAACUUACAAUAUUGCAGAAAAUCCACAGGAAUCAAGUCAAGGUGGUAUUAGAAGAUGUCCUUCUUACAGAGCUCGGGCAGAGCUUGCUAAGGUGUAGCGGGCAUACUUUCCAAAAGACAAACCAAUCAGAAAGCAAAAAACGCAGCGAUCAAACCUCAACACCCACACUAAAAAACAAGACAAGAACCAGUCUAACGAAAAGAGGAGAAACAAACUCUACUGAACCAAAAGCUACGUCACCAUUCCAUAAUAACAUUGAGUCAAAAUCCAAAUCACUGAACUCAUCACAGAAACUCUUGGAGUCAUCUGAACUAUCAAGUAAUUCUCGUUCACCCAGAGAAAGUGAAUCACCACAGGCAGCUCUGAUUAGUAAAGAGUCGCCUAUACAGACCAGCUCAUCUUCCUUUGAAGAGAAUGAAGUCACACUUAUUGAAGGAUCUCUGCAGAAUGAGGAAGUGCUUUCCGCUGUAUGUGAAUCUGUAAUCAGCUCUUCGUCACCGGUAGAAACACGCCGACGCCCAAGAGAAAAAAAAGCAGAUAGUGAACUUUUGUCCAAUAAGAAAGAAAGGAGAGAAUCACAAGAGAGCCCAAAGGAUGCUGCAAAACAUGAAGAAAAUCACUUGUGUAGUAAUGGAGAGCUGGUGCAGGAAGUGGAAGGGAUGAGAGGAAGUGUGUUACGCCUCUCGGCAGGGACUGAUUUUCAAAUCCCAGUUAAAAGAUGUCGCUUGGACAGCCUCUCAGAAGACCAGCUCCUGAACUCAGACCUCGCCUUUGACACUGCUGAGAUACGGAGUUUCACCUUGGAGUCCUCUAAUUUCAGCCAGGAUGAAACUAUUGUUCUCUCCAGUGAAGAGGAAGAUGAAGGAGAGGGAAGAGAAGAGACGAAAAUCUCAGCCUUAAACAUCCAGCCACCAGAGGGUACAAAAGACACAAAUGUAGUAGAUGAAUCGACAACAGUUUAUGAGCAGACCAAAAGUCCAGAGUCUAAUUUAAGCAUCACAGAGAUGUCUGAAGAGGAAUCUCAAGGUAUUCCUCUACCGCUGUCCUCCCUUCACAUGGGUGGAGUUAGUGCCAAAUCCAGUGGCAUUAUGAUGAUCACUCCAUACAAGAUCACAUUUUCUUUGAAAGGAAACUCUUCAGAUUCUACAGUGAAAAUUUCUUUGUCAGCGAUUAAUGUGUAUAAAUAUAGCUUGUGGGAGGAGCAUACAUUAUGGGGGUGUGAUCUGGAUAAGGACAAUGAGGCCACACCCACUUCUCUACUCUUCCUUUGGCUAUCUGAUGCUCAGGCACACAAACUACACGAUGAUCUCUCUGUCCUUGAGUUAGGCACACGUCCAGCUGAAAGCAGUACUUGUUUGUUGCUGUGUAUGGCUGAACCUCUUUCUGGUAUUGAGAGUGCGCUUUUGUGCUCUUUGUUGGACAUUGUGGUUUCGAAUCAGGGCAGCCCUGAACUUUAUUGUACCUGCCUCACACAGUCAGACAGCCUGAAUCUUCUGCAGAGCUCAGAGGAAACACACCUGCUCCAGCUACUGACACCCAAACCUGAUGAGCAAACCAGUACCUCUGCACAGUCUCAGGAUUCUGAUGUUCAGCUGGAGCCAACCUAUACGCUAUGCCAUAGAAGAGCUCAGGGUUCUUACAAUGUUUUCUUGGCAGCUACACCAGGGGCAGAAUGGACACCGUACAAACACUGUGGUCCAACACGCAGAUUAAUUCAGUUCCCUCCACCACCCUCGAAAGGAGCCCUUACAGUUACGACAGAGGACCUGGAGUGUUUAGACAGUGGCGAGUUUCUUAAUGAUGUCAUCAUCGACUUCUACCUCAAGUAUCUUCUGGUGCAGAAGGCCCCACAAGCAUCUGUGGCCAGAUCUCAUAUUUUCAGCAGUUUCUUCUAUAAACAGCUCACACGCAGAGACAACGCUAAUGAAGACAGCACAAGCACACCAGCUCAGGUUAGAAGGCAUCAGCGUGUGAGAACAUGGACUCGUCAUGUAGACAUCUUUGAGAAAGACUUCCUCUUCGUGCCUGUCAAUCAAGAAGCUCACUGGUACCUGGUGGUGAUCUGUUUCCCGGGGUUAGAAGAUCCACAGUAUGUAAAGCGGGAUGACAGUGCCUCAGUGCAGGGCAAUGGAGGUGAGGAUGUGGGUGAGUCAGAGAAUGAGACCCAGGGAGACCAUAGAUCCAACAGUGAUGAGGACAAAAGCACAGAUGACAGUCGUAUAAAAUCAAGCACAUCCCUUCGUCAGCCUGAUUGUACAGAAAAUACCUGCAAGAAAGAUGUUGUGUUGAAAAGGCCAUGUAUUCUCAUCAUGGAUUCUCUGAAGUUGUCCAUUCAUGAACGCAUCUUCAAACUCUUGCGCGAGUACCUUCAGGUUGAAUGGGAGACAAAGAGAAUGGGUACUCGUGACUUUAGUGCUGAACGUAUGGUUGGUUCCCAUUGUAAAGUUCCUCUACAAGACAACAGCAGUGACUGUGGCCUUUACCUGCUUCAAUAUGCAGAAAGUUUUUUACAGGACCCUGUGGUCCACUUUGAUUUGCCAUUGAGAUUGGAGCGCUGGUUUCCUCGACAGCAGGUGCGAGGGAAACGGGACGAAAUUCGAGACCUCAUCCUGCACCUAUACAGAUUUCAGAAAGGCUCUCUGGGAAAUGAUGCUGCAGAUGAUAGGACAGAUUAUGGCAAUGUCAUUAAGUGAUAUAAAGCCUUUAAGAUUACACACUUAAUUUACACUAGACAUAUUUAUAUUUUAGCUGUUUCUAAACCUUUUUUUAUUGUACGCUUUUAUAUGGACUGUUGGAAAACAUUUUUGUUGGAUUGUUUAGAAAGAAAUAAAUGUUGCUCAAAUGAGA